AUGGCGAAGGCUGUCUACUGCCUGCUCACAAAACUUCUUUACCCCAGAAUGGAUGCCAGCGAGGCGCCGGUUCAGUCUCUUGUUCAGGAUUCCCUGAAAGACCUGGAGCAGUUGGCGUUCCAUUCCCAAACCUCUUCUAUAUGCACAUGGUCGUUUGCGGUCAUAGGUACGUCAAUGAUUAAUCAAAAAGAUCAGGAUUAUCUCAUGUGGAGAAUCGAGAAUUUCGCUUCUGCCCUACGAAUAUCCUGCUUUUUGACCGUGGAAAGCUUUUUGAAAGGUACAUGGGGAACUAAAGGUAACCCUGGCCAGGGAUGGAACGUUUUAUUAAACAAAAAUUGUUUUGAGAAAGUAACGUUCUAG